GUAAACUUUGGGGCCCUCGAUCGCCCUCUUCUGGUGGGCGGAGAAAUAAGACAGAGGUUUUCAUAACAUGGAGGGUGUUGUUGUGUAAACCCGCAGCUGGAGUUCAGAGGAGCUACGGACUACAGCGCUGUUCGUCCUGCUGUCAGCGGUGAUAAAAAUGGCCUCGGCUGUGGCCGACAGGGCAAUAGGAGCCAUUGUUGGAUCAGCUGUUGCAGAUGCUGCAGCACAGCCUCUGCACUGGGUCUAUGACCUGCAGAAACUUAAGGGGAUUUUGGCUCAAGAUUCAAACCCGGAGUUCCGUUCUGAGUCUGCCAACCCUUUUUACCGGAGGAAGACGGGCGAGCAGAGUUGCUAUGGAGACCAGGCUUAUGUCCUGCUGGAAAGCCUGUCUGAAUGUAGAGGUCUAAAUGUCGAAGAUCUAAAGAAGCGCACCAUGAAGUUCUUUGGACCGGGAUCAGAGUAUGACACGCCCAUCAAUGAUCCGUACAGAGACAAAACAGGGCCAAGACCUCAGCUGCCCAUUGAGGGACCAUGGAGGCAGUCCAGUUUGAAGAGUUUCAUAAAGAAUAUGGAUGCUGGGAAAGAGGAAACAGGCUGUGAGACGGAUUGUCAGAUCGAUGGAGUAGCCAAGCUGGCUCCUGUUGUGGCUUUUUAUGCAGGGCAGCCUGACAUGCUGGAGAAGGUGGAACAGGCCGUCCGUGUCACUCAGAACAGCGACGAAUGUGUUGCAGAAACUUUAGCGGCAGCAAGGUUUCUGGAGCAUUUCAUCUUGAACGGUCCUGAUCCAGGGGCUCUGGAUGCAGUGCUGAAUCAGCUGAAUGAUCCAAAGAGAAAGCAGCCUCAGGAUUUGGAUAAAGCAGUGGUUGGCCACAUUCAUCAGGUGAAGGAGCAUUUAUCAAGGACUCCCCAGGAGAUCAUCCCCACCGUGUUUCCAAACACAUGAGGUUUGCCAGGUGCAUUCCAGGCAGCGCUGCACGGAGUCCUGACGGCCAAGAGCUUUGAGACGGCUGUCAGAGACACCAUGAGCUGCGGUGGGUGCACCUGCAGUCGAGGGUCCUUCAUCGGAGCGUGUUUGGGGGCUCAGGUUGGUCUUGAGGGAAUCCCAACAUCUUGGAGGGAAAAAACCCUGCGAUGCAACUCUGUGUUGGAACACGCCAAGAAGAUUACCAAACAUCUUUAAUGAAGUGAGGAGUGUGAGGUCCUGAGAGCAUCAUAGAAAAAUGUUGAGACUUUUCAGAGCAUUGAAUGAAGGCUUUUGUCUAAACUUAUGUGAGGCAGAAGCCAGAUGUUUUUUUAUGUCUGCAAAAGAAUCAAAAGUUGUUUAUGAUGUUCUUUCACUGGCACUUUUCUUACAUUUAUGAACAGUGAUGUUCAUAAAUGUUGAUGCUGAUAAUUAUUAAGGGUGGUAAAAUGAAGGAGAAAAAGUGCAAAAUUGAUAUGAAAAUAAAAGGAUGUUAAAUAUCUAAAAAUACAACGAUAAAUUGUCAAUUAAGUCAAAAGAUUUCAAAAUGUGUUGAUUUGAAGUAGUCACCAUUCAAUAAAAACAAUUAUCUACUACUGA